AUGAUCAGGCUGAACCAAAGAGAAUGUCACGACAAAGUGUCCCUAGGCUGGGUGGAAGUUUUCAAAGGAGAGGGUCCCGAACACCGAGGACAAGUAUACGAGGAGAACAUUAAUGAAGACUUGGAGUCUGAGUGGCAAGAUGAGCAUGACGACGACUACCUGGGCUCGUUGACUCUUAUAGAGCGACAACAACAAUGGAUCGAUCUGGGCAGCUACAUCAUUCACAAACUGCGGAGACGCCUCAGAAGAAGAAGUGUAUUGAAUGAACAACUUGUGCGAGAGAAUGCACGUCUUCGCAGAGAGGUAGCCGCACUAAAAGGAAUGGUCGCAGUUCGAAAACGUGUGUGA